AUGCCACCGAAAAGAGUAUUUUCAACGUUAACUACCAGAAAAGUAAUAAAUAAAAAGGUUAAACGUAGCAGUAAUACUAUCGAAGAAAGUCGAGAUGCAAAUAGUGCGUCUUCAAUUGUUUCACCUUCUCCAUCAACAGCCACCAACACAACUUCUCAAAAAGAAAAAGUCUCUUUUAUAGGAAAUUGUGUUAUGUGGUUCAGAACAGACUUACGACUAAAAGACAACCGAGCACUAUCUCUAGCCUCAAAACAUGCAAUAAUGCAUAACAAAAACUUAUUCGCGCUCUUUAUUAUAUCGCCACAAGAAUGGCAAACGCAUGAUGUGGCAUCGAUACGCGUUGAUUUUUGGUUACGUAAUUUAUCGAGUUUGCAGAAGCAGCUUGAGAAAUUGAAUAUUCCAUUGAUUGUGCGAACAGUUGGCUUACGAAAGAAUGUACCUUCAGCGGUUAUUGAGUCUUGUAAGGCGGUUAACGCUAGUCAUCUUUUUGUUAAUAUAGAAUAUGAGGUCAAUGAGUCUAGACGCGAUAAAAAAGUCUGCUCUCUCGCUGAGCAUAAUGAUAUUGUUGUUUCAUUAGAGCAUGAUCAAUGCGUUAUUCCUCCUGGAUUAUUAUUGACCAAGCAACAAAAACCAUAUACAGUGUAUACGCCAUUCAAGAAAUUAUGGUUAACUAUCGUAGGAAGCGAGCCAAAUUACCUAGAAUUAUCUCCGGAGCCUGCACCAAAUAACGAAUCAAUACGCGAACAACACGCAUCAGAGUUCAAUACAGAAAUACCAGAAUUCGUAGAAGGCUUUCAAUUAUCAUCAGCCCAAUCCAAUAGGGCUUCUAUUGAAUUUCCGGCAGGCGAAGAUGUUGCUCAUGAACGUCUACAAGCAUUCAUUUCGGAACGAAUAACUAAUUACAAAGAAGCACGAAACAUUCCCAGCGUAAUUGGCACCUCUUCUUUAUCUGCGUAUUUUGCUGCGGGUGUCUUAUCUGCAAGACAAUGCGUAGUUGCCGCUCGUGCCGUUAAUAAGAAUAAACUCCAAGAUGGAAAUAUUGGCAUAGCAACAUGGGUUGAAGAAAUCGUAUGGCGUGAUUUCUAUCGUCAUGUUCUUGUUGCUUUUCCGCAUAUUUGUAUGAACCGUCCUUUUAAAUUGGAAAUGGAAAGCAUUGAGUGGAAUAAUGAUCCAGAGAGGCUACGUAGAUGGUGUGAAGGUAAAACAGGGUAUCCUAUUGUCGAUGCAGGUAUGCGUCAACUCAAUGAAACAGGUUGGAUGCAUAAUCGUGUGCGUAUGAUUACUGCCAUGUUCUUGACAAAAGAUUUAUUGAUAAAUUGGCAAUAUGGUGAACGAUACUUCAUGCAACAUCUAAUUGACGGAGAUUUCGCAAGCAAUAAUGGUGGUUGGCAAUGGUGUGCCUCUACAGGAACGGAUGCACAGCCAUGGUUUAGGAUCUUCAAUCCAACACUUCAAUCACAAAAGUUUGACCCGAACGGCGACUACGUAAGAAAAUGGGUCCCGGAAUUAAGUUCAUUGGGUCCCAACGAAAUUCAUGAUCCUUCUAAAUCACUUUCUCUUAUGCGGUUUGCCAAGUUGAAUUAUCCCUCUCCCAUAGUGGACCACAAAACAGCGCGCAAAAAAGCACUGGAAACUUAUAAAGCUGGGAAUGUUUCGUGCUUCUUU